AGCCACCUAAUGAUCCCCACGGAAUCCAGAGAGAAGAUCUCAUCCUGAGUCUUCGAGCUGUGCUGGCUUCGACACCGCGAUUUGCCGAGUUCCUGCUGCCCCUACUGAUUGAGAAAGUGGAUUCUGAGAUUCUGAGUGCCAAGCUGGAUUCUCUGCAGACUCUGAAUGCAUGUUGUGCUGUGUACGGACAGAAGGAACUAAAGGACUUCCUUCCCAGCCUUUGGGCUUCUAUCCGCAGAGAGGUGUUCCAGACGGCAAGUGAGCGGGUGGAGGCCGAUGGCCUGGCGGCUCUCCACUCUCUGACUGCGUGUUUGUCUCGCUCUGUGCUGAGAGCUGAUGCUGAGGACUUCCUUGACUCCUUCCUUAGCAACAUUCUACAGGACUGCAGGCACCAUCUUUGUGAACCGGACAUGAAACUGGUGUGGCCUAGUGCCAAACUAUUGCAGGCAGCUGCAGGUGCAUCUGCUCGGGCCUGUGACCACAUCACCAGCAACGUGUUGCCUUUACUGCUGGAACAGUUCCACAAGCACAGUCAGAGCAACCAGCGACGGACAAUCCUUGAAAUGAUCCUGGGUUUCUUGAAGCUGCACCAGAAAUGGAGCUAUGAAGACAAGGAUGAAAGGCCGCUGAAUGGCUUCAAGGACCAGCUGUGCUCACUGGUGUUCAUGGCUCUGACAGACCCCAGCACCCAGCUUCAGCUUGUUGGCAUCCGUACACUCGCAGUCUUGGGUGCCCAGCCAGAUCUCCUGUCUUCUGGGGACUUGGAGCUGGCAGUGGGUCACCUGUAUAGACUGAGCUUCCUGGAGGAGGACUCCCAGAGUUGGGUGGCAGCACUGGAAGCAUCAGGAGGCCUGGCCGCUCUCUACCCCGUAGCCUUCAGCAGUCACCUCGUGCCCAAGCUCGCUGAGGAACUGCGCAGAGGGGAGUUAGAUUUGACUAGAGGGGAUGAGCCCACCAAAUGCUCCCGGCGUCUGCGCUGCUUGCAAGCCUUGUCAGCUGCAUCGACGCAUCCCAGUAUUGUCAAGGAGACCCUGCCUGUGCUGCUGCAGCAUCUCUGCCAGAUGAACAAAGGGAAUAUGGUUGCAGGAACCAGUGAAGUUAUUGCCGUCUGUCAGAGCCUCCAGCAGGUGGCAGAAAAAUGCCAGCGGGACCCCGAGAGCUGCUGGUAUUUCCAUCAGACAGCUUUACCUUGCCUGCUUGCCUUGGCUGUGCAGGCUUCCAUGCCAGAGAAGGAACAAUCAGUUCUGAGAAAAGUACUGUUGGAGGAUGAGGUCUUGGCCGCCAUGGUGUCUGUCAUUGGCACUGCCACUACCCACUUGAGCCCUGACUUAGCUGCCCAGAGUGUCGCCCGCAUUGUGCCCCUUUUCUUGGAUGGCAACAUCUCCUUUCUGCCUGAAAACAGCUUCCCUUGCAGAUUCCAGCCAUUCCAGGAUGGCUCCUCAGGGCAGAGGCGGCUGGUUGCACUGCUUAUGGGCUUUGUCUGCUCCUUACCUCGAAAUGUGGAAAUCCCUCAGCUGAACCAACUCAUGCGGGAGCUUGUAGAGCUGAGCUGCUGCCCCAGCUGCCCCUCUUCCUCCACCGCCGCUGCCAAGUGCUUUGCGGGACUCCUCAACAAGCUCCCUGCAGGGCAACAGCUGGACGAAUUCCUGCAGCUAGCCAUGGACAGAGUAGAGGCUGGCCUGAGCCCUGGGCCCUGUCGUAGUCAGGCCUUCACACUGCUUCUCUGGGUAACAAAGGCCCUAGUACUCAGAUAUCAUCCUCUCAGCUCCUGCCUUACAGACCGGCUCAUGGGCCUCCUGAGUGAUCCAGAACUAGGCCCAGCAGCAGCCGAUGGCUUCUCUCUGCUCAUGUCUGACUGCACGGACGUGCUGACCCGUGCUGGCCAUGCUGAGGUACGGAUCAUGUUCCGCCAGCGGUUCUUCACAGAUAAUGUGCCGGCUUUGGUCCAGGGCUUCCAUGCUGCUUCCCGAGAUGUGAAGCCAAAUUACCUGAAGGGCCUGUCUCAUGUCCUUAACAGGCUGCCUCAGCCUGUGCUCUUGCCAGAGUUGCCCACGCUGCUUUCCUUGCUGCUGGAAGCCCUGUCCUGCUCUGACUGUGUAGUACAGCUCUCCACCCUCAGCUGCCUUCAGCCUCUUCUACUGGAAGCACCCCAGGUCAUGAGUCUUCACGUGGACACCCUCGUCACCAAGUUUCUGAACCUCAGCUCUAGCCCUUCCAUGGCUGUCCGGAUUGCUGCACUGCAGUGUAUACACGCUCUUACUCGUCUGCCCACUCCCGUGCUGCUGCCGUACAAACCACAGGUGAUCCGAGCUUUGGCCAAGCCCCUGGAUGACAAGAAGAGACUGGUGCGCAAGGAGGCAGUAUCAGCCAGGGGAGAAUGGUUUCUGCUGGGGAGCCCUGGCAGCUGAGCCCUCGGUCCUGGCCUAGGCUGUUCUACAGACAAUCUAACCUGGAAUUACUAACUAUCAAGCCAUCUUGCCCAAGGCAGGGAGACCACUGGCCUCUGAUGGCCUCUCCCUGGGCCACUGUUGCAUGGCUCUGUAACAUAGGAAUCCUGACUUCUAAUGGCUUUGUGAAGUAACUGAGUGUGAGACCACUUGUGUUUGAAGAAAGAUCUUGGGUUGGGGCUUUUCCAUUUAUUUGUCAGAAAAAGGGAGUAUGCUGCUGAGGGGCGAAUGCAGAUGAAUGUGGCUUUGAGAACCAGAAUGAUGGAAGUGUGUGUACCUACUAGAGAAUAAAGAUUUCUUUUGGUAAUGGGGCGGUCAGCUAUUUCCCGCUCCCCA